AUGGCUACUUGCAAAUACUAUGGUUUUCCUGAUAUUUUCAUAACGAUAACUUGUAACCCCAAGUGGCCCGAAGUUGUUCGUUAUUUAACAAGGCAUCGUCUUAAGAAAGAGGAUAGACCAGAUAUAUGCUGUCAAGUCUUUAAGAUGAAGUUAGAUAGACUAAUGGAACAAGUGACUAAAGAAAAAACUUUUGGUGUUGUAAAUUCUGACUAUAAAAUACGUACACCAGAAGACAUUGAUCGAUUCAUAAGCGCUGAGAUUCCUGAUAAAGAACUGGAUAAAUAUUUAUAUGAAGUUGUUUCUGAUGUUAUGAUUUAUGGACCUUGUGGUAUUCAUCACCGAGAAAAUGUUUGCAUGAAUAAUGGUAAGUGCACUAAGUUUUUUCCAAAACCAUUCAUGGAAAAAACUGUCGUCGACGACGCUCGUUAUCCAAUAUACAAACGGAGACAAGACGGAAGAUUUGUGCAUAAAAGAGGUUUUGAUUGUGAUAACAGCUUUGUUAUUCCGUACAACCGGGAUUUGUCCAUACGUUAUCGUGCUCAUAUUAAUGUUGAGUGGUGUAAUCAGUCACGCUCAGUGAAAUAUCUUUUCAAGUACAUCACCAAAGGGCCGGAUUACAUUAGAGCUACUGUAGGAGAGGAGGAUGAGCAUAAUGAGAUCAAGAAAUAUUAUAGCUGCAGGAAUUGGUUGUUUACAACGAAGAUGAUCGCAGAUGUUAUGAAGCGUUCUGCCAGAGGAUCCAAAUUGUUGGCUUGGAUGGAAUGCAGUAAAAAAUACCCAAAAGGUAGAAGUCUCACUUAUGCUGAAUUUCCUAACAUGUUUGUGUGGGUUAAGAGUAAAAGAAUCUGGCAACCAAGAUCUAAGAAAAGAAAGAGUUUUGCAGUAGGUAGAGUUACUUAUGUACCACCCUCUAUAGGGCAGGCCUAUUACUUGAGAGUUCUACUUAAUACUGUCCCAGAAGCCACAAGUUUUGAAUUUUUGAAGACGGUUAAAGGUCUAAUGUUAAGUCAGGAACAGAUAACAAACCUAUGUCUAGCUGAGAUUGAAAUGAUUAUGCGGUUUAAUGGAAGCUCUUUGUCAACUAUUGUGAAUAUGCCUAAACCAGAUGGAUCUGUGGUGGAUAAUAAUGAGAAUAGGCUUCUCAUAGAUGAGAGAAACUUCAAACGUGAUGAACAAGUAAAGAAUUACGACAGGUUAUUACGUAUGGCAAACGAUGAGCAAAAAAGCGUAUAUUUAGAAAUUAUUAAUGUUGUGAAUCGAAACAAGGGAGGUAUGUUUUUUGUUCAUGGAUUUGGUGGUACUGGAAAAACAUUCUUAUGGAGUAUUCUUGGUGCUGAUAUUCGUUCUAGGGGUGAUAUUGUUCUUAAUGUUGCGUCAAGUGGUAUAGCUGUUUUGUUUAUGGAAGGUGGUCGGACAGCACAUUCUAGAUUUUGUAUACCCAUCCAUGUGGACGAAUAUACAACGUGUUCGAUAGAUGUCAAUUCUCACCUUGCCGAGUUAAUUAGAGAAGCAAGACUCAUUAUAUGGGAUGAGGCUCCAAUGAUGAACAAAUAUUGUUUCGAAACAUUGGAUAGGAGUUUGCGAGAUAUUAUGAAGUAUGAUCGUGUUUUUGGAGGUAAGGUUUUUGUUUUGGGGGGUGAUUUUAGACAGAUUCUACCGGUUGUGCCAGAAGCUGGUAGAGUUGGUAUAGUUUUAGCCUCCAUAAACUCAUCCUUGCUUUGGAAUAGUUGUAAAGUACUUCAGCUUACACAAAAUAUGAGACUCCGUAAGGCUCAAAACAGUAGCGAUGCAAAUGAUCUCACUACGUUUUCAAAAUGGCUUCUCGAUAUUGGGGAUGGCAAAAUCAACGAGCCUAACAAUGGUGAGGUAGAAAUAGACAUACCCAAGGAUUUAUUGAUUACAGAAUGUGAUAAUCCUAUACAAGCUAUUGUUAAAGAGAUAUACGGUACAUCGUUUGCAACAAGGACCGAUGCAAAAUUCUUUUGCGAAAGAGCUAUUCUGAGUCCAAGGAAUGAUGAUGUCAAUAAGAUAAAUCAAUAUAUGCUCUCUCAAAUUCCAGGGGAAGAGAGACAAUAUUUGAGUUCAGAUAGUGUCGAGACUUCUGAUACAAGUGCUUACGACGAUAUAAUCUACACUCAGGAAUUCUUAAACAGUAUUCAAGUUUCUGGAUUACCUAACCAUGUUCUGACAUUGAAAAAGGGAGCACCUAUCAUGUUGCUUAGGAAUAUUGAUCCUAAGGGAGGUUUAUGCAAUGGAACGAGGUUGAUUGUCACGCAAAUGGCUAAUCAUUUUAUCGAAGCAAGGAUUGUAACAGGUAAAAAAAACGUCAAUGAUAGAGUUCUUAUUCCUAGGAUGUUUGACUCGCCACCGGAUGCAAAGUUUCCCUUUCGUAUGAGACGUCGUCAGUUUCCCGUUGCUCUUGCAUUUGCGAUCACUAUAAACAAAAGCCAAGGUCAGACGUUGGAACAAGUUGGAUUGUAUCUACCCAAGCCCGUAUUUACGCAUGGAUAA